AUGAGAAAAAUUUUCUCACUCCAUAACUUUUCGGAAGGUGAUAAGGUGAAGGUGACAAUAGCCGAGUUUCGUGGCAAUGCAGAUACAUGGUGGAAUGAUACGAUGAGGAGGAGAAGGAUGGUUAGGGGAGGAGAAGUGGGUUCGUGGGCGGAGUUGUAUGAGCUCAUGAGGACUACCUUUUUACCAAAGUCCUAUUUCCUCCAACUUCGAGGGGAGCUUCAAGAUUUGAAGCAAGGGACGAAGAGCGUAAUGGAGUACUACUAUGAACUCCUAUCAUUGAUGAGCAAGGUAGGAGUGGAGGAGCGAGAAGAGGCGACACAAGAUCGAUUUAUCCAUGGCAUUAACAUCAACUUGAAGCACAAGGUGCAAGUGGAAGCAUUGGGGGGAAUUUCUUUGGAUGAGGUGAUUGGGUUUGCCGACACUUUUGAGAGGCAAAGUAAGGAGUUGGUUUCUAGCCGGAUUAAAUGGGCGUCUAGCCAAACCGGGGGAGGGACGGGGCCUAGCAAGUGGAGCGCUCCCGGCAAGAAGGUGGAAAACACGGCUAAUCCAAAUACCCAAGGGAGACCGACCGUGAAGGCUUUACCGGGUACUCAACCUAUUAAAGCUAUAGCCCCUAUGGAAGACAAGAAGGUUCAAUGUUUCAAGUGCAAGGGGUAUGGCCAUUAUGAAUCUUUCUCUAGUGGCGAGGAUGAAGAUACACCCUUAAGGGCUAUGGUUGUACUCCGAAUGCUCAAUGUACAACCCAACCUUGAGGAGCAUAAGGAGCAAAGGUGCAACAUCUUUCAUAUGAAGUGUAAGGUGAAAUCCAAGACGUGCUUGGUCAUCAUAGAUGGAGGGAGUUGUACAAAUGUGGUGUGUGACCGGUUGGUGGCCAAAUUGGGAUUGAAGGUCCUUAAACACCCAAACCCCUACAAAUUGCAAUGGUUAGGGGAUUCCGGGGAGUUGAAGGUGAAGGCUCAAUGCAAAGUUCCAUUGAAGAUUGGGGAAGUUGAAGAAGAAAUCAUAUGUGAUAUCAUUCCUAUGACGACAUGUCAUGUUUUGCUAGGGAGGCCAUGGGAGUUUGAUAGAAGGGCAUACAAAAAUGGCUUCACAAAUGAGUAUUUCUACAUGCUCAACGGGGUGAAGGAAUUUGAAGAUGUAUUCCCGGAGGAACUCCCGAGUGAACUUCCUCCCAUGAGGGGGAUCGAGCAUCAAAUUGAUUUUUUGCCGGGAUCGUCACUCCCAAACCAGGCCGCAUACAAGGCGAAUCCCAAGGAGACACGAGAGCUACAAAGACAAGUCGAGGAACUCCUUGCCAAAGGUCUAAUUCGUGAAUCUCUAUCUCCUUGUGUCGUACCCGUCAUUCUUGUACCUAAGAAAGACGGUGGGAUGGAGAAGGCCAAGUUUGUGCAAGACUUGCACACUCGAGUGCAAGAACGAAUCCGCAAGAUGGGAGAACAAGUAGCUCAAAGGGUGAACAAAGGGCGAAAGAAAAUGUUGUUCAACCCCGGAGAUUAG